UCCUCGAAGUCAAGUCCAUUCCCAUUGUUUUCCAACCACACUCUUUUCUUCUCUCCUUCUUCCCUAAGUAUUCCAAACUAAAAGGGCAAACACGUCAAAUUACACGCCUUCCCUCCCCAUAAAUCCUCCAACCAGAUACAUUCUCUUCCACAAUGUAACUGGAGCGACAAGUUAAGGUUCACUUCACAUCAUCUAACUGUAGACUUAAAGGAAGGUUCCAGAACCAGUAAGAUGGGCGAAGGCGGAGCGGCGACGGCAGUUGCGGAGGCACAAUACUCGUUGGUCAAGACUUCGGUUUGGUGGGACAUAGAGAACUGUCAAGUGCCCAAAGGGUGCGAUCCCCACGCCAUCGCGCAGAAUAUAAGCUCCGCUCUCGUUCGGAUGAAUUAUUGCGGCCCUGUUUCCAUCUCUGCUUACGGUGACACCACUGGUAUCACUGCCUCCGUCCAACAUGCCCUCUCCAGCACCGGCAUCUCCCUCAACCAUGUCCCCGCCGGUGUUAAAGAUGCAAGUGACAAAAAGAUUCUUGUUGACAUGUUAUUCUGGGCUGUGGACAAUCCUGCACCUGCUAAUUACUUAUUAAUAUCUGGUGAUAGAGACUUUUCCAAUGCUCUUCAUCAGCUGCGGUUGAGGAGGUAUAAUAUUCUUCUUGCACAGCCUAAGAAAGCUUCUGCACCCCUAGUAGCAGCUGCUAAGAGUGUGUGGCUUUGGACUAGUCUCUUGGCUGGAGGACCUCCCCUUACGAAGGGUGAAUCACUACAACUUGCUAAUAAUGACAUCCGAUCCUCUUCUGACUCCAUACAAAGUACAGUCCAUAAUGCCUUUCAGAUACCGCAGUAUCUGGAAUCCUAUUCAGAAGUUCAUACUGGAAAUCAGAAAUUUCCUGGUACAGGAAGGCAACUUGAUUCUAGACAUCAUGGGAAGACGAAUGGGAAAAAUUCAAGUAAACCAAAUGGACCCAAGGUCUUGAAUCCAGCUCCAGUUGGACUUCAAGAAAAUUAUGGCUAUAUAAGUUCUUCUCGACCUGGCAACUAUACCCAUGGUGUUCCCCCAAGUGGUUCUACUACAAAUUUUGCCCAUAAUGUUCCCCCAAGUGAAUCUACACCAAAUUUUACCCAUAAUGUUCCCCCAAGUGGUUCUACUCCUAAUUUUACUUGUGGCAAUCCUGAUCAAAUGCGGGGCAAUAAUGGUACUCCACCAGGAAAUCAUCAAAAUCCACAUUCACAGGCAUUAAGAUCAAAUUAUUUUCCUUUGCAGCCUCCUUUUGCACCAAGCAGUUCAUUUUUCCCAAAUUCCCAAACUUUUGCAACUUCAGUAGUGCCAACUAGAACCUGUGGGCCCAGCUUUUCUGCAGCACCACUUACGAAGGUGCCAGAUGUUGGUAAUAUUUAUCCUAGUAACGCUCAGGAUCCACACCCCGUUAAACAUUUGAACGGGGACUUGAAACGGAGUUCUUGCAGUAUUUCUUCAAAUCCUAUUAUUAAGUCGAUUGAUGAACCACAUGGGCACAUGAUACAGAAUGCACAACAUUUGUAUAGUGGCCAUUCACAUGGUCCAAAACACCAACCUACAUCAGCAACUGUGGGUAAUAAUAAUCUUCCUGGUAAUGGUAUGUGGGGAUCUCCAGGAUUUCCUAAACCUUCUGAAUACGUCCAAGGUCUUAUAGGGGUUGUUUUACUUGCCUUGAACACACUAAAAACUGAAAAAAUUAUGCCAACUGAGUCAAAUAUAACGGAUUGUAUUCGAUGUGGAGAUCCCAAGCAUCGCAGUACAGAUGUCAAGAAGGCUCUGGAGAGUGCAGUUGAGCAGCAGAUGGUGGUGAAGCAAAAAGUAGGUGCUUUGCGGUUGUUUGUUGGUAAGAAUGAUAAAGUUUGGAAGUGUGUAAACACUAUAGGUGGUAAUCCUAAGAAGCACUCAAAAGAGACGUGGAAUGAAAUUAAAAAAUUUCUAUCUACUUCUUCGGGAAGAUUAGCAAUAAUGAGUACGCAGUGCAAGUACGAAGCAGGUAUUGUGAUUAAGAAUAUGUGCUUGAAAAAUCAUGCUUUGGGUGAUGUCCUACAAAUUUUGAACAUAGCGAUUACCGUUAAAAAAUGGAUUGUGCAUCAACAAUUGAGCUGGCAACCACUUAAAGUCACCCUUACUGAGGUCAAUUCUGAUUCAGAGGUCGUAGGAUGCCAAUAAUUCGAAAAGGCAUGCCGGCAAAAUGAAACAGUUAUCUGAAUCAACCUCUCUUUGUAAUGCGAAUCAAAGGUAGUUAGUAAUAAUGAGCUGUAGUAUGUAAGUAGCGUGAAUGCUAUAGCUUAAGAUAUAAUUGAUUAUUGGUAAGGUUCUUCAAUUCUGAUCAAGGGGCAAAAGAAAUUAGCUUUUGGACCACAACUAAAACUUGAAACUUACAAACCCCAAAGUCUCUUCUGGUUGCUGAGGUUCAAAUUCUCAGCCACUGGUUUCUUAUACAUCACAGUGGAAAUACUCUCCUCAAAACUUUGGCUUCUACUUAUGUUUUUACACAUACUUUGUUUGGAUAUUGACUUAUUGAACGGAACCCGUGAAUCCUUUGACUUAUGCCUCCUAAGUUGCGUCUAGGAUAAUGACCGAACUAUGGAUUAGUGGAAGUUUGUCAAUCUUCAGGCAAGCUACCGGAAUCCAUUGUGUUGGUUUAUCACCUGGGAAAGGGUCUAUCAAAUCAUAUUCAUUGUUCAGGGAAUGUGGAAUGCACUUCAGAAACUGUUGUAUUAUCAUGUUUACUGGUUAUCCUUGAAGCUCAUGACUUAUUAUAUUGACCGUCGAUCCAAAAAAAACACCAUAUUGACCCAUGCACAGGGCAUGUUUCUGGAGGAUUUUCACUAUCAAUAAAAUUCACUACAUGGAGCUUUUGGAAAUGAUCAACGAUCGUGGAACCAGAAUGAUUUCUAUAUCUCUUGAGUAGAUGGUGCUUGUAGAGUUGUGAUUUUUAAUGUUCAUACUUUGCUUGGAGUUGGCUUUUGGCAUAAUUCUCAAAUCAUAAUUGGGAACUUUGGCCAUUCCGUUGGGAACAGAUCUCUGCUCCUGCCGCAUUCCAUUUUCUUUCAAUGCUAGGAACUUUGUGUAUAAACACAGUAUAUCAUAUUUAUCUAAACGUAUGCUUUCUGUAAAGUAUAUAUCGUUUUAACGAA